CGAGGGAACCCCUCUUCAAUGGAUAUCGACUGGGUUUACACUCUGUUACUUUUCAUAGUGAUCGAAGUGGAGAUAGUAAACUUCGUCUUCUUGCUGCUGAACCUCGUAUUCUUCAUUGACAGAUACAUGUUUUUCCGUCUUCUACAAAAAGUUACGUUAGGCUGAGCCGGCCAGCAUCUCAGCUCACACCCAGUAUGAUGACAGGACGUUGUGGUGGUUGUUAUUGUGUUUAGUUUGUGCAAUUUCCCAAAGCAGGACGGUUGAGCUAACUGGAUUGAACAUUUCGAUAACCGUUGGUUUUUCUCCGCCUAUGGUUUUCAGUUCGUUUUUACAGGUGUGUUUCAACCCCUAGAUAGAUUUAAAGGAUCCCUUCAGAGGAUUUUAAAUUUAUGCAUGAAUAACACCUAGAGACAAACGAAAAUGGAGGAGGAAACCCCUCCAAGCCUACCCGGCGACGCCGCUGCAUCACCAUCCAUCACCACAACUCCCCCAGAGGACGAGCCGACGGAGACGACGUCCACCAACACCGACCUGAACACCACUAAGCUGAGCAAUUCCAGCGAAGAAGAGCCCUACACCGUCCACCCCUUCGACCUGUCUAGCAUCACAGUGAUAGAGAACACUCUUGCAAACCCAGCGGCUUCAAAAAGUGUCUCUUGCGAGGGUAGUGACAGUGGCGUCGAAGUGUUCGAGAACAGUGACAAUUUCGCCUUCCGUCGGACUCUCAGUUCUAACAGUGGCGUAUCUAACGACUUCGAGAACGUCCAGUCUUGUGAUUCUUCGAUAAGUUACUGUUCCAACUUCGAGGAGGCCUUCAACAUCUUGGUGAGGCGGAAUUCUUCCCUGUUUGGAGACUGCACACUCAGAAAUGGCGACCGAACUAGUGACAACGGCUCCGAGAGUUCCUCAAUAACUGGCAGUUCCUCGUCCAAAAACUCUAAAAGGAACCAGAUCGUCAAGAAGAGGGUAACAGUUGAGGCAAAGCCUAAACCCACUUCGCCCAAGGAGAGAACUAGGUCCAAACCUCCUGUCACCCCCAAGUCCCAAACUAGUUCAGCACGGUUGAAAUCCUUGGAUAGGCUGCAAGGAAAAACACAAACCACGACCAAGACGAACUGUUUGCGCAGUAAACAAGUGCCAAAUAACUUAGAGGUGAGCAGGAAGGAGUCCCAUAAACGACCAGCAACUGCUAGAACGCCUUCUAGUACCAGAACACCAAUAGCGACACCUACAGACGACGGUAGGUGGCCUUCAAUACACAGCAGACCAGCACCCUUGCUAUCAAAGACAGCUAAGGCUAGUAUGGAACCCCCACCGAAACGUAGUGUCUCUGAAACCAAAACUAUAGAAAAAUACGCCACUCUUCCUAGAAGAAAAAAAGAAAAGAGCGCAGAUGACAUUGAGAAACCAAAAAAAAUCACAGACAAAGAACUGUUUACAAACCGAGCGACGCCUGGUAAGAAAGCAGUACCAAGAGAAAGUCUAUCCAUGAGGAUAUCCACACUUGGUAGAAGAAAGAAGAUAAAAAUCUACCAAGAAAACAGCAUCCAAACUGCUCUCACCAUGGAAGAUAUCGACAAAGCCCUGUCAGGACAAACUGUCAGGCCUACCAGUCCUGAAGAUAAGGAAUUCGUAGAACAUGGGAUUCAGGUGGAUAUGAGCUUGAAUGAGGUGGAAUCUCUAAAGGAACAACUCAGGAUCCUUACGGAAAAACACGAAACUCUAACGACUGAUUACAAAACACAAGGAGGAAAGUUAAGAGAAGUUGAGGAGAAAUGGAGGGCUGAAAUAGUGGAAAAGGAAGGUUUACAGCAGGAACUGAAAGCCAAUACUGACAGAAUCCUAUCUAUUUUAGGAGACCAAAACACAAAUGACGAAAACUCCAGUGAUAGUCUUAUGGUUCUGGAGUGCAGGUACCAAGAUGUUAGAUCGCUGGUCAUCGAUCAAGAGAAGGAGAUAUCUCGUUUGAAUGCUUUAUGCAGAUCUUUGCAAAUCAACCUAGAUCAGUGUAUGAUGAACCAGCACACGUUGAUUCAGCAACACCAAGAGUUAGAGGCUGAGAGCAUGGAGCUUCAAGAAUUUAUGCAGGCUGAAAAGAGCACUUUAGCUGAUUCCCUUAGAGAGGCUGAGUCUGAAAUUAGAAAAUUAAAGGCGUUGAUCAAUGAGAAAGAUAAAGGACUUUUGGAGAAGCAGGAAGAAAGCAAGCAUCUGGUGAGGUUGAGUGAAAAGAGGAGGCAAGAAAAUUUGGGUCUGCAGGCCAAACUGGGUGCCAUGGAAGCAAAAUGUAGGGACCUACUUGUGCAACAAGGAAGUUCGGUGUCGAGAGCUGCAAUUGCUGUUUCUGCACUAAGCAAUAGGCUAGAUUCUUUAGCAAAUGAAUUAAUCGCUUGUUACAAUAUUUCGGAGCAAGAUUUAGAGGAUGUAAUCUUCCACAAUGAAGUGUACAACUAUAGCAGUAAUGACACUACUCCAGAAAGAGGAAGAAAAAGCUUCAGUGAUGCUUCCCCAUCUUCGAUAAAGGGAUCAUCGUUUGUUUCUGCUGUGAUAAAUGCUAUUAGAAACAACGCUCCCUUCAGUAGAGAUUUGUCCAGAAGCAAUCUUCAAACAGAAACUUCCAGUUCCAAUGAGAUGUUGGACUCCGAGACCGAGCCUUGCCUAAUGAUGGAGCACGUCCUCGAAGACGUGGUGGUACCAGACGGUCACUCUCACAACAUGAUCUCUUCGACGCACAGCAUGAUGAACACUCGACUCACGCACAGCGAGAGUCUCAAGGACCUCUCACAGGCCAUCCUGAACCGUGAGAAGUCCGAACAGGCCAACAGCCUCUCCUUGUCCUUCACUGGCGAGUUCGGUGGAGAGGACACCUUCCCAGUACCUCUCAUAGAUCAGGUGAUCGACGUAGAUAACUCGAUCACCAGGCUACUGAAGGUGAUAAAGAUAGUGCAGGUGGAUGCGGAAGAACGUAUGACCGACCUGGAGGAUCAGAAAGAUUGCUACUCCGAGCAGAUCGAGAAGCAGAAGGAGACGAACAAGUUCGUUGUGAAGCAGCUGAAGGAUUGGGAGCUGCUGGGAGCUAGGCUGAAGGCGGAGGUUAAGGAUCUUAAGGGGAAGGUCUCUGAGAAGGAUUCCGAGUUGGAGAAAUUCAAGCUAGAGCUAAACAAGCAGAGGGAGCAACUUGAGAAGCAAAACCAAGAUGUAUGCGAGUUAUCAACCGCACUGUCCCAGUUACAAUUAGAAGCUAAGACAAACCAAGAAGAGGUAAAUGAAGCUGUAUUGUUAUGGGAAAGAACUGGAGAGAUUCCGCCACAAGAAAUCAUGGGAAGAAUAAUCAGCAAGUGUCCCGACCUGAAGGAAUUGAUAGACAACGAACAUCAGAGUGAAGAAUUGAAAAAAGAAUCGGCAAACAGACAGGUACUGAUUGAAAGAAUAAGGGAUGCUUUUGCUGAAACCAAAAAGCAGUAUGAAGCCAUCGACAAUGCUCUAGAGGUACUUCACGACGUUCAGAGUGUUGUUCAACAAUGCCCUCCCCUUGCUAAGCUCCAGAGGGAUUUGGAAGAAGUCAGUUUUCAGAGUGCGUCGAAAAUGCCGUUGGUACCCCCAGCGGAUCUCAACGCCAACGCAGCUCUCUUGCACCAGGUCAUCAAGAAUUUAGAAAUAGCAUCUCCGAUCAACACAACAGCUUGAAAAAAUUCAAAAUUAUCCAACGCCAUCUCAUGACGUACUAUAUUUAAAUAAUGUUAUUGUUGUUAUUUGUUCCAGAAGGUGAAUUCGAUUUUCACCAUUCGGUUUUCGUUUUAUUUUGUACGUGUUUUUAUUCUGUAUAUUUUGUAAAUUUUAGGAUAAACGAAUUGUCGAAAGUUGAAAUUUUAGAUGUGAUGAAUUUAGGCUGGAAUUGGCCGAAAUGUGACGUCCAAUAUACGAAUUUUCCAUUUUAAUACUUCGUCAUGUUGGUUUAUGAUCGUACUACGUUAUAAAGUUUGACGAGACCCGUUCAAAUUUUCAGUUUUCAUGCUUACGAGAAAGCCUAACUAUUUUUGGACAACGUAACAAGUAUAAUCAUUUACUGUAAUGCCAUUGUUGUAUUUAUACAUAACAAUAAAUUGUGUGAAAGUUA